UUGAUCAGCCUUCUCAGAGGGGUCCUUUCGUUGUUGACGUUCUAAGCUGUCAGGAGCUAGCUAGAUUUUUACAUUUUCUUCAACGUUUUAUUUAGUACGGUUUAUAAAAACAUACCCGUUUGCUUUGUGACAUAUUUUUGGCAAAGUUGAGUUCACAGCCGUGCAAACAAUUGCUUCAUCUUUUUGUGCGUAAUCUUGUUGCGUCGUGGCAAUGAGAGGUGUAUCUGUAGCACGCUAGCUUGUUGUUAGCCGUAGCCGAAUCUGGUUUUAGCGCUGCAGACAUUGUUCACUGUCGAAAACAGUUACUCGAAUACGAUCAUGCUGUUUUUAAAUAACGUCCUGCAUAUAUGUAUUGAUAUUAACCUGGGGUUUUCAUAAAGUUAUGUUUUAAUUGCAAAUUGUAUGUCAGAGAAACUGACAUAGUAAUAUUAACAUAUGAAUGUAUUAUAACUCAGCUGGCCUCGUUAUAAAAAGACAUAUUUUUAAUUCACAUAGUUAUCUGGCAUUUACAGAAAAAUCGCGUUUGUUUAAGUAAAAAAACAUGGAUAAGAAAUCCUUUGACAUCGUCUUGGAUGAGAUCAGAAAGUGCGUCUUGACCGACCAACGAGUCAGAGCCAUUGAGCAGGUGCAUGGAUAUUUCUCCAGUGAGCAGGUGAUUGACAUCUUAAAGUACUUCUCAUGGGCAGAGCCCCAGAUCAAAGCAGUGAAAGCUUUGCAGCAUAAAAUGGUAGCAAUCUCCACAACCAAAGUUGCAAAUAUCCUGAACUGCUUCACGUUCUCAAAGGACCGACUUGUUGUCCUGGAGCUGAUUGCAUUAAACAUUUCAGAUGCUCAGAACUAUCGUCCUGUAGAGGAUCUGUUUCGCAUACACGCAUCUGAGAAGAAGCGAGCUCGGCGGAUAUUGGAGCAGGUGUGUAAGGUUGGCUGUAAAGCUCCUGUAGCUAUGAUCUCAUCCUGUGGAAUAAUACCAGGAAAUCCGUAUCCUAAAGGCAGACCCAGCUUGGUCACCGGGACGUUUCCUGGAAUCCCUCCCGUUAAAAAAGAAGGAGAGAAAAAGGACGACUCUAACAACAUGGAGGGCAAAGGCAUUGCUUCCCGGAUUAUUGGCCCAUUUAAACCAUUUCCUUCCAGCUACAAUCCCCACCGACCUGUUCCGUACCCGAUACCGCCGUGCCGACCUCACGCCACCAUCGCACCAAGUGCGUACAACAAUGCAGGCCUUGUUUCUGUGGGAGGGGUAAUAACAGCCAACGUGCCCCCUCCCCCCUACAGCUCUUCUCACAAAGCAGCAGGUUACACCAAACCUGGAAAUCCACAGAACACCUCACCUGGAGUCAACAGUGGACCCCUACUUAUCCAUCAUGGGUCUACUCCUUCGACGCCCCUCCCACCCCAGGCUUCCCCUGCUCCACAGCCUCCCACUACUCCCAUCACACCAGUUUUCCCUGGCAUGGUGCCCUCCCAUAACACCCGUGCAUCCUCUCCUGCCCCAACACCGUCUCCAUCUGUGAUUAAAGCGGGACCACAAACUCCCACUGGGCACAUCACACCUACACCUUCAUCGGUCAUUAAAGCCCGCACCCCCUCGGGCACUCCCUGUGGAACUCCUGUCCCUGGGAGCGGCGGUUUUCCCUCCUCCCCCUUCCACGCCCUCUCCCGACCAGGAACCCCUGCGUCGGCGCGCGGCGGUACCGACUCCCACUCACAAACAAACUCUGUGGGCUCAACUCAGCAGAGGACUUAUUCCCAGUUGUCAGACCAGUCAGGACCCAACUUUUCUGGUUUGCACUCCCAAGCAGCCAACCCCUCUGGGUCAGUGAUCCGAAGUUACACCCCCUCUGGAACUGCACCUCUCACUCCUGGGUCCUCCACUCCUGGUAUUCCUAACUGUUCCACCCCAGGUCCCAGUCCGAAGCCCUCCCCUGUUCACCCUGCUCAGGCUGUCGCAGCCGGAUCUCUGAACAGACACUCUGGAGAAAGUAACAGUGGUAGCAACAGUCCCGUACCCUCAGCUUUCAAGGGCACUUCUCGUUCUGUUACACCAUCUGUCAACUCGCUGGUUCCACCUGGCUCCGCUCAGGCGGCUCUGGCACGUUCUUUGGGUCUGUCACAGCCCCCUGGCUCUCCCCAGGUCUCCCUCCCUAGCCCCGUUGCCAUCACCGGCCUCCAGGCAUUGUCCUCCAGCCCGGCCCCAUCUCAUUAUCCAGGACUGUCUCCUUUUCCAGCCCUGCCGUCUGCCUCCAUCCCUUCAUCCCUGCCCAAAAUCACUCCCACCACCAACAUUUCCAAUCACCCACCAACCUCCAUAUACCCAGGCUUAGCUCCCAGUGCCUCUCCAAGUGCAGCCUCACCUUUUGGUCUGGGCCUCACAUCGGCCCCUUCUAUAUUCCAAGGCCUCACACCCGGGGCUAGCCCCACUACCUUUCCUGGACUGGGUGUGUCAGGUGCACACGGUACCAGGAGCCCCGUGUUGCCUUCGUUCAUAGGGCUGCCGGGAGCAGCUCCUGCUUCAGUAGCAUCCGUGGCUCCGCUGCAGGCCGCUGCAGCAGCAGCAGUAGCUGCUGCUGGAGUUCCAUCAUCGUCACCAGUUUUACCUGGGUUUGCAUCUGCUUUCAGCUCCAAUUUCCAGCCUGGGUUGAGCGGUGCUCUCCAGCCUCCAGGAGGUAGUGGGUUUCCCAGCUUGCUCUCCUUCCCUGCAGUACCAGGCUUCUCUCCUGCUGCUUCCCCUGCUGCUCUCAGCGGCCUCCAUAACCCAACCAUGCAGUCUGCCCUGCUGCAGGCUCACCCUUCAUCUGCUUUGGAGGGCUUUCCUCCUCAAGCCAACAGUUUCACCAGCUACACUCCAGGCGCGGGAAACCCCUUCCCACCCCAGCCGGGACUACACCCCCAGUUAGGCUGGCAGUAAAACCUACACCUUAAGACUCGCGCACGUACCAAUCCCUGCCUUUUUAGUUAGUGAAGAAUCACCCGCCUCAGUGAGCCCAAACACUACUCUGGAUGUCAUUUCACUUGUAAAUAUUAAUUAGGUUAAAUAUAAUACAAGUAGUUCCUAUUUUAGCUUUGACUUGCCUGUUUUUAGGAGUACAUUUAAUAAUGAAUUAUAGAAAAUAUGGAAAGAUGACGUUAAAUAGUAAAUGGAAUUAUGAUUUUUUUUAACCCUCUGGAGGCAGACGUUGCAGAUGUGCAACGUUAAAACCGACCUACCUGGUUACUCCACACACGUGUUUCAUGAGCAUUUUUAACUCAGAAGUACCCCUGAAGGACUUAGUUGCUCAUCCUUUUAUCAAAACUUAUUUUGAACCUGAGAGGGUUAAGUUGAAUGAAUUUGUGAGCCUAACUCAGUUUUUAUUUUACUGUGAACUUUUCCCUGACUUGUCGUUUGGAGUCACGUUUUUAAAUACUGUAAAUAUCUGCAGGUCAUUCAGGUUUGGGGUCAGGAGUGUGAUUGUUAUAUUUGUUGCAUUUGGCAGCUCUGAUCAUGUUUUUUUUGUGUGUGUUUACUGUGAUUUGUGUUUUGAAUGUUUACUAAACACUGUGACUGCAGUAUUUGACCUGACAUAAUGAACUGUGUACACGCCGAUACACAAAAUAUGUUGGAUUAUGUACGAACUUUAAAAAAUACAGCAGUAUUUUGUUAAAUUCUUCAGAUUAGAAAUUCUUUCCCUUUAAAAAUGACAACUUCAUGAACUCAAGCGCAGUUCACUGAUUGAAAACAACAAAACUUGAUAUUCUUUAUUUUGUCUGUUACUGUAUUCUGUAGUAUUCACAGCCUUGUUAUAUACAAUGACUCAAGCUGAUUAAAUAACAAAAUAAAUGAAUAUAAAACGUCUCA